UUACUUGAAGCAUUAAAAAGUAAGUGCAAAAUAACUAUAAAAACAAUUUCACAACACAAGUCAUAAAAUGUACAUUUGAAAAAAUGUUCAAAUGUAACUUUCCAUGGAGGGAAUGGAUUAUUUUGGUAGUUACAAUUGCAGCGCUUUUAUUGUCUGAAACAGAAUGUGCAUUUGAAGAUGACACACUGACCUUGACAACAAAAUUGAGACACAACCAAGGGAUUGUGGCGAAGUUUGGAGAUGCUAAUCACAGGGGAGAACGUUUUUAUUCUUACGAGACCAAAUCUAAAAGCACCUAUGAAGCAGAUUCACCAUCAGUUCAUUUAAGUACUUCAGAGGAAAUUACACCACCACCAAAAAGCGUAUCGAAUUCUGCUUCCUCAGCUCUAACAUCGAAAGAAACCAAAAUUAAACAAGGACAAACUCACAGACGCUGCCAGCCGUGUCCGAGGGAUAUGUUGAAGAAUUGGAGAAACGUUGGCAUCAAAUGGAUAUGCGGCAGCUACCAAAGGGCUCGGAGGACAUUCAAGAGCGAGUGUAUGAUGCGCUACAGAAACUGCCAGGACGGGACCAUGUUUGUGAAGAUAGCCGACCACCGCUGCAAGAACAACGCCUUUCAUGGACGGCACUGGUUCUAUAUUUAUAGAACGUGAAAAAUUAAAUCUCUUUUAUUAUUA